CUGCGACUGGAAGGACAAAUAAUGGACCAGGAAAAUGCGGCGUUUGAUAACGAAAGUCUAAAGCUUCUCAAUGAGCCCAUCCGUGAUACUGUCAUGAGAUCUCUCAAGGGUGUCGGUACAAAGUUUAGUCACGUAUUAUUCCCCCGAAAGGGUCAGGAACUUUUGAAAGAAUGGGACCUUUGGGGACCACUUACUUUGUGUUUAAUAAUGUCCGUCUUACUUCAUAGCGGAUCGGCUGCAGAUUCCGCGGGUGAUGGAGGUCCCGAGUUCGCCCAGAUAUUCGUCAUCUUCUGGCUAGGAGCCACUGUGGUUACCGUUAACUCCAAAUUGCUUGGAGGUUCUAUUUCGUUCCUUCAGACGGUGUGUAUUUUGGGCUAUUGCAUCCUGCCGUUGGUAAUCAGUCUGGUCGUCUGUCGCGUCCUCUUACUGGCCGCUUCCGAUUCCCUGUGGAUUUUUGUCAUACGCCUAUCGAUUGUCGCAUUCGGACUAAUCUACUCUUCGUUCGCUUCGUUUGUGUUCCUCACUCCGACGCAGCCACCGAAUCGCGUUGGAUUGGCUCUCUACCCGAUUUGUCUGUUUUACUUCUUUCUCGCUUGGCUUGUGAUAUCCGUACCCAGCAGUUAAGCCCCUGAACCUUCAUGUUUCCGUCCAGUGAGUAAUAACUGCGUCACAAUCGACUUCCAGUUCACUGCAACUGCACGUUUUCGCCCCCGAAUGUCCGAAUGCUAUCGCGUAGGUGCGUACAAGUGGACAAACCUAUCUCCCCAACCCGUGACCCUUGAGACCUGUGAUAUUGGUUGUGUUACCUUUCUCAUUAUACGAAUGUUUUGUUCACUAUCGUGAUGUUCUCUGGUGAGUAAAAUUGUCCUGAAAAUACAGUGACUUUCUCAAUUCCUUGUCUUCCCACAUGUCCA